GUAAUGCCAGUAACAGCACGAAGACAUCGCGUGCGUCAAAGAACACGAUUAGAAGAGGAAGAUGCAUCUCGUUUACAGUUAGGAGAAGAAUUUGCUAAUGCAACAUGUUUAUCUGUAAGCGAAGCAAAAAUUAUUUUAGAGGCAGUACUUUUGCAGCGUCAAAAGGAGCUCGGAGAUGAGAUUGUGAUGACAGAUGUAAUAAGGAAAAUUAAGGAUUAUCUUAAUAUUUUCGCGCGGUUUAGAACACAGGAGUCUGUACAUGCAGCAGAAAGAGUCUUACGAGGAGAUCCAGAUCUUCAUUCUUUCGAAACAGCACAGCUUGGAACACUUUGUUGUGAAGAAGCAGAGGAGGCACGUACUCUUGUUCCAUCCCUUUCUGAAAAAAAGUCGGAUGAGGCAUUACAAACUCUUUUGGAUGAAUUAUCUAAUUUACGUCGUUUUCAAAACUAAAAGAUGCCCGUUUUCUAGUAACUUCUUAAUUGUAUUAUAAAGAAUACUUUUAAGUGUUAAAACAUAUAUGUUUUAUUUAUUUUUAUAUAUAUUGAUAGAAAGAAUUUAAAGACUAUCUUGAACUAUUUGAUUUAUUUAUUUGAUUAUUUUAAAUUGAUGUUUAUUUUUGGCU